GGGGUAUUGGAACACUGACGUCAAUAGACUUCAUGUGAGGACCAUCUUGCUUUGCUGAGCUGAACCAUCCUGUAGUUGUAGUACUAAAGCGAAACGCUUUGGUGAAGUGAUAGUGUAAAAUUGUGUUGGUGUUUUAUCCACGUUCUUGUGGAUCUGAGACAUUAUCCUGACAAUUGCAUUUUCAAUGUGUAUGGCUAAAGAGUAUUUUGGUGAGACAGUGCUCGCAUACAUGGAGUUCCAUUUGGAUAGCGCAGAAUAUUGCCAAGCUCAACACAAAUAAAUUACUAAUAAAAAGAGGCAUACCGACUGCCGUCGAAUUAGUCAUUUUCAUCACAGCUAACUAGAUAUUGAAUUUGACCUCAUCCUUCAAGACGCCAAAUUAGUACAUCAUAUGUCAUUCUGAGUUUCUCAUCCGUCAAACUGCACUAAAAACUUUUGUUGCGUUCUUCCUUUCAAUUGCUAAGCAUAUCAACCUAGUGUAAAUAAAUUGCAAUUGUAAACAAUUGAAAAAACAGUAACUUUCUUUAAAAAGACUGAUCUUUUAACUAGUUUUUAUUUUUAAAUAUAUAUUUGGAGAUCAUCAAGUCGGUCUUCUAAAAAUUGUGUGAUAUUUAAAGAAAAGUCGUGUACGUCGGGGCAUGAAUCAUAAUUCUCAAGGACAAGGAAUCCCUGUAGCCAUGCGUCAGAAAGAUCUUAGACCUGCUGCAGCAGAAAUUGAAUACAAAGGAUUCAAAUUCCUCAUCACCGAUAGACCUGCUGAUCAGACCAUCGUGGGUUACAUCCAGGAGCUGAAAAAACACCGGGUAACGGCCGUUGUGAGAGUGUGCGAACCGUCGUACAAAGUGGAGGAGCUAAACAACCAGAAUAUUGAAGUCUUCGACCUAGGCUACGACGACGGCACCUUUCCGCCAACUAAAAUAGUCGAUGAAUGGUUCAAGAUUCUUAAAAAACAGUUCAAUGACAAUCCCGAUUGCUGCGUAGCCGUUCAUUGCAUCGCUGGCCUGGGAAGAGCUCCUGUCAUGGUGGCUCUGGCUCUUAUUGAGCUCGGACUUAAAUAUGAGGAGGCUGUCGAGUUGAUUAGAGAAAAAAGGAGAGGUGCAAUAAAUGCCAAACAACUAGCAUUUCUGGAGAAAUACCGUCCCAAAUCCAGACUAAAAUCCAAGAAUGGCCACAAGAACUCUUGCUGCGUUCAGUAAAUAAUAUCUCUCUUAAUAUGUGUUCAAAUAGCGACAGGGCACUUACUAAAAUAAUUAUUUCGGUCUCAUGAGAGUUAAAUAUACGUAAUGCUUAUUUUAAAAUAAAAUAUAAAUAAUCAUAAUUGAGCUGAAACAAGUUGUUCACAAAUUAGAAGCUUAACCUGUCUGGAUCCCCCUGAUCCUAUAACCUAUGUGAUUUUUUUAGCUGGAUCUUGUUCCAAUAUUUUCUUAAUUUUUACUUAACAUCUCCAUAGCACCAACAACGCACUAAGUAGGUCCAUUAUUGAGCAAUUUUUUAUUGUCCAUGAAUUGACCCUAAAAAAUAAUAAGAUAAGCCAAGCUUUUCGUUUAUUUAUUUUUUUUACCUGCAUUGGUGAUGAUUCUGUGGAAGAUUUCCUGCAGUUGACUUAUUCAAUUGUAUUGUCUAAUAUCUCACAUUGCAGAUAUUUCUUCUUUCAGUGUUACUGUAGUAAACUGAAAAUUUAAUCAUCUCUGUAUUCACUUUCAUCAUUAGAUCAAAGGGUUUGCUAUAAUUAGUAAAGCACAGUCAAUUCCCUAGUUACACGUCCCGUUUACUACAGCUGUAGUAAACUCACUUUCAGUACAAUAUAUCUACGAAGCGUAAGAAGGUUAAAAUAUGUGAAAGUCAGUCGCAAUAUAAAGUUUCUUAUAUCAAGUGAAUAUAUUUAAAAAGAGAAACACACGACAAGAUAAAUGUACGUAGAUAUUGUACAAGAAUCCUAUUCGUACUAGCUUUCAACUGAGGUUUUCUCAUAUUGCUUACCACAAAAAUGAAAUGUGUACAUACAAUCAAACUUAUAUAGAAUCAUCUGAUAUUUCUUAUUAUUUCAAGCGAGUUUUAAAAAACCAACAUACGAAGUCAAACAAUAUUUAUUUUAAAGCAAUUUAAUCCCCAAUACAUAAAAAUAAAUAAAAGAACAAAGUCUUGUAAUAACAAAUUGAAACUAGUAUAAGUCAGUGUUACCACCCUUAGCCCUUAUGCAAAGUUCAAUUGGCGUGAACACGCUCCUAGUCAAAUUGACAACAUUUUGUUCUUGUAGGUUGUUCCAUUCUUCAAGAGCAGCUUGUACUGGCCGUGCGGUAUUUUAUAGACUAUCCCGGCGAGCUCUAAUUUUUCUUUUAAGGUACUAGUACACUUUAGAAGGCCAAAAAUAAGCAUUUUUUCAAGAUUUUUUUUCUCAGAACCUUUAUUAAAAAUGAACAAAAAACUUUUUACAUGUUAAUAUCUAACUCUUAGAAAAUACAAAAAAAUAUAUCUUUUUUCAUUUAUGCACGUACACUAAUAUUAUAGAGGGCGCCAAAGUCGAGGCCUCCAAAAAAAGUAGUUCCGAUGGCGGACAGUUAAUAUCAGGAUUGGGAUCUCUGAAACCAAAAAAUCAUGCAGCAUUUGAAAAAGGAUGGUUUCUUACGUGACAAUUUACCACCGUUAGUGAAAAAUUCGGCAAAAAAUAAAUUUUACGGAAAUUUGAAAAAUUUUGUGAAAAAAUCGCCGGUUUUUCUUUAGUUUUUCAUGGUUAAAAAAUAUUUAUUUUUUAUUUUUUAGUCAAAUUGUGGUAAAUUGUCACGUAAGAAACCUUCCUUUUUCAAACGCAGUACGAUUUUUUUGUUUCAGAUAUCCCAAUCCUGAGAUUAACUGUCCGCCAUCAUUUUUCGAGGCCUCGACUUUUGCGCCCUCUAAAAUAUUAGUGUACGUGCAUAAAUGAAAAAAUAUAUACUUUUUGUACUCUCUAAGAGUUAGAUAUUAAUAUGUAAUAAAUUUUAGGUUCAUUUUUAAUUAAGGUUCUGAGAAAAAAAUUCUUGAAAAAAAUUAUUAUUUUUGGUCUUCUAAAGUGUACUAGUACCUUAAGCGUAUCCCACAAAUGCUGUAUAGGGUUAAGGUCGGGUGAGCAAUCAGGCCACUCCAUAACAGUGAUAGCUUCUGCUUCAAGAAAGUGUGUAGUCAAUCUGCUGGUAUAUGGAGGUGCAGUAUCAUGCAUGAAAAUUAAAUUUUCUCGAUUGCUCCUCUCCAGAACCUAACUAUAUGUUCGAGAACCAAAUCACCAUACCUGCGAGUUGUUAAAAUUGAUUGGAUGAAAAUUAAAUUUUUUUACAGAUCAUAAUACCGUCCCAGAAUAUGACACUUCCUCAUUUAUAUGUGUGGACAGAUCUGGUAGUCUCCGUCCUUUCUGGUCUUCCACAUAUUCGAAAUCUUGGGCACGAAUCCUUUUUUAUUGUUUUCACUGAAACACUUACCCCUGUAUCUUCCAAAAACUGCCUUUGGUGCUGUAGAUGAGAAAUUGUUGGGUCUCUUUUAGCUUAGCUGUUUGGACAAUGAAACGAUCUUGGUGAGCCGUUGUUGCUUUUUGGCAACAUUUGCAAAAAUCUUUAUUAUUCGCAACAGUAACAAGCAGGCGCGGAUCUAGAAAUUCAUAAUAGGGGGGUCAAACUUACCUCCAAUAUUAUAUUUUCUAAAUUUAGCCAUACCUACGACUCACACUUACUCUAACGAUAAAAUACACUAUAUUUAUAAUCCCAGAUACCUACAGUAUCAAAAAGAUUGAGCUCUGAUGGGAUUCUUUCCGUAUUAUCAAGCCGUAGUUGCAAGUAAAAUAAAACGGAAGUAUCAUAAAUACAUUUAAUAUUAAAUCAUUAUUAAUAUACAUAAUUUUAAAUAUGAAGUGACAAAUAUCUUUAUCUAAGGUCGGGAAUAAUAUAACAAUAAAGACAAAUAUAUUAAUAUAAUGGUUUCUACAAGUUGUGAAUAAAGUAACUAUAAACCAGAUUUACGGAAAGCAAUACAUACCCUACUAAACACAAUUUGUGAUACUGGGAACAACUUGGUUUAACAAUACACAUAAAGAAAACAAAACUAAGUUAUCCUAGUUUAUCUAAGAAAACUUACGGUUAUCAGUAAGAAAUGUGAAGUCAUAACAAGAAUCCAGAUAAAGAAUGAAGAUAUUGAACAAAUGGACAAAAUGAAAUACUUAGGAGUCUGGAUUAAGGAAAAUCUAAAUAUGCAAUCAAAUUUAAUCAAGAAUAGACCAAUCAAAAGCAGCCUUUUUGAAGAUAAGGAAAUUACUAAGUAUGAGUAACCAAAAACUCAAAUUGCAACUCCUAUAUCGAGUGGUAAAAUGUCCACUCUACUCUAUUCUUCUUUUAAGGUACUGAAGCUUGGACUGCUAAUGUUGACAUAAUUAUAAAGUUGGAGACUUUUGAGAUUUGAGAUGUGUUUUCUUAGAAAAAUUUUGAAAAUACCAUGGACUGAUCAUAUUACGAACGAAAUGGUGUUGCAAAAACCGGAGGAGACAGAGAACCUUUGACCACCAUUAAAAGGAGGAAAACAGCAUAUUUUGGGCACAUACUUAGAAAUGAUAAAUACGAUUUGUUAUAGCUAAUUAUGAAGGGUAGCAUAGAAGGAAAAAUGGGUCCUAGCAGACGACAAAUGUCCUGGCUAAAAACAUUCGCGGCUGGACCGGGUUUAACACACAGGCGCUUUUAAGAAAAGCAGAAGAUAGAGACGAAUUUGGAAUUCGUCAAAUGAUGGCAUAAAUGAAUAUUAUGUACGUUAGAAUGGUACAAAAACAAUGAAUUAACCUUGAAUGACAGAAUAAUAAUGAUAUCUAAUAAAAACAGAUUCGCACAAAAUGCAGUUAAUAAAAUGUAAUGCAAUAAAAUAAAUAUAAAUAUACAAUUAUACAAUACAGUUUAUGAACUGCAUUAUGUCGGUUUGAAUAUUUCGUUUGGACAUAUUCACUAUUAAUAAUUAUUAGUCAACGCUAGCAAACACAAUUCACGACUAUUAAUCUCACUGGUCACUUUUUUCCAACUGGAGGUGUAAAGAUUAUCGUUUCUACCGUCAAUGAGUAGGUAAGCGCCCCUGGAUUAUCUAAUAAAAUCCAAAUUUUUAUAUCUUUAUUAUACCUACCGCAAAUUUGAAACGUGACUUUUCAUGAGGUAAGGUUUAUACCCAGUGUAAUGUAUUUGCAUUUUAAGAUAUCAUUUCUGUUAUUCUUUGAAUUGAGAAAAAUAUUUCAGUUGUUUAUGGCUCCAUCGGUACCCAAACAAAUGCGGCUUCAAUUUAUUUUUCAGAAAAGGCUGGUUUUAUUAGAUUUUAUUGCUUCUUUCAAUAAUUCUUUGGAAGUGGUUGUCGUUUAAUUUUAGUGUUCUACUGGUGGCUUAAAGUUUAGAGUUGACAGAAAAAAAUAAUAAAUAAUAAAAAAAUUCUUAUAGACUAAAUACAAUAGGGGGGUCUAUAGACCCCUUGACCCUCCCCUGUAUCCGCGCCUGGUAACAAGUUUUUUUCAAAAGAAAUAAAUAUUGGUUUGAAAUACAUGGUGAUUCCAUAUAAGUUUGAUUGUGUAUAUUAUGUACCCACGGUUUUAUCUUAAGAAAAUGUAACCAGAUCAGGAUAAGCGCCUUUCGUGUGAACGGUAGAAAGUCUUCAUUUAUUUAACAUCAUAAAAACUUUGUGUUCUUGUGUUUGAGCUUUUGAUUAAACAUUGUGAUUUUUUCGUUCAAUUUAUCAAUUGCUAAAAGUUAUUAGAUCCCUUGUAUCGUCCAGUUGUCUGCAAACUAUGUACUUACCGAAACAACACAUUUCAUUGUUUUCAUAUUUUAUAGGAUUUAACAGAUCUCCUAACUUUUAGCUGAUGAUAAACAAUAUUUAGCAUAUAUUUUUUUAGUAGCUAAAUUUUUCUUAUUUUGGAAAAAAAUAAAUGUAUUAAUCAAUGUUGAGAAAAUGUAACGUGUAUUCAACUACUACUUACUACUUAAUUCAUCAACUACAUAUCCCACAAAAAUGAUCGAAUCUCACCAUUUUGUAACUUACUAAUAGGAAGAGAUAUGUAUUUAGGCCUAAGCAACCCAAUACAAUGUAUUUUUACCUUUUUUAAUCAAAUUCCUUUAUUAUAUAUAAGAUAAUUAUAAACUCUACGUAUGGGCCGGCGUAGUUCAGCGGUAGGAUGUCUGACUCGCUUGCUGGUAGACCUGGGUUCGAGACCCAGCGCCGGCAAGAACAACUAGACAUUUUUAAAUAGGCCCCAGGUCGACUCAGCCUGAAUAAAAUGAGUUCCUUGGCUAAAACCAGGGGUAAUAAUAGGCGGUUGAAGCGUAGCACUGGCCCUGUUAUCUUUCUUGUAUACCGUAGCCCUAGAGAUGACAGCCUGCUAUAAUCCUAAAGUCGCAUAUGCGGUAUAAAACGGGGAAACUAUUCUAUAAAUUCUAUGUUUUAUUAACAAAUUUAAAGUGGUACUAAUCCACAUCUGUGAUAGUCAUGGUCUUUUGACUGUGUUCAAAAAGUCUUAAAUUAUAUUUCUUAGUUGCAAACUAGUUCCAAGAAUAACUACAAUGAUUAUUUACAGAUUUGCCUAAAGAUAUACAGAUUCUAAUUGUUCGAUAGUUCCAUCAUUUCAUUAAUCAUAAUUAAAAACCUAUAAUGAAUCUUCAAAGCAAAACUAUACUACAAAUAUCUCAAAUGUAACUUUGACAUUUAGCAACGUUCUGCGACAUAAAUGCAAGAAAUUCGAUAAUUUUUGUGUGGUGUUAAUUUUAAAGUUGUUAUAACUUUCUUCCAAAGUUAUUUAGUGAUGAUUUUGACAAGUAUAACUACUAUAUCAUAUUUAGUUUUUUCUGAUUCGUCUACUAUGUUAUUAAAGCAGCUUCUGUUUAUCUGUAUUCGUUACAAAAAACUCUGGAUUUAGUACUAAAGAACACUAAACCACGUUUGGUUUAUUUUUGAAUUAGUAUUGUUUGGUACUAAAUUCCGAUGGUUCACAUAAUACUGCUACUAAAAUUGUAAAUUAUAUUUUAUAAGUACAUUACAGUCAUUGAUCACAUUAACAUUCACUUUUUUAUUGUAGAUUUCUGGACAAAUAUAUUUUAUUAUUAUCAGUA